AUGGAUGUAUGCGUGUUUAUAGGUUAUCCAAAAGGGACGAAAAGUGGUUUAUUCUAUUGUCCUAAAGAGAAAAAGGUAAGUGUUAGCACAAAUGCCAAGUUUCUAGAAGAGGACUAUUUGAUGAACCAUGUUCCUAGAAGUAAACUCGUUUUACAGGAACUUAGCAAAGGAAUGGAAACUCAGUCAUCUGAAAAUCAAAACGACCGUAUCCAAACCCCGAAAGUCGAUUAUGAUAUACCAUUGCACUUUAGUAUUGGGAGAAAUGUCAAUAGACUUAAUGUCCCACAAGAACAAGUGCCCAUAGUUAUACUACAACAAAGUAAUGGGAGUCAUGUUGAGCAGACUGCACAACAGGAAGAAGUCAUUGAUAUCCCUGAGGAUAGCAUGGAGACUCAGGUUCCUGAUGAUGUUGUGGUUCAACCACAAAAUCAAAAUGACAUAUUGCUCAUAGGAAAUAAUGUGGGCAUGUUGAAUUCAGUUAAGCAGUGGCUGUCCACACAUUUUGAUAUGAAAGAUUUGGGAGAAGCGGCUCAUAUCAUUGGAAUCAAACUCUUGCGAGAUCGCAAGAAAAGGAUAUUAGGCUUGUCCCAAGGUCUUUAUAUUGAUACAAUACUCUCCAGAUUUAGCAUGCAUGAUUCCAAGAAAGGAUUUAUUCCUUUCAGAUAUGAAAUUUCUCUAUCUAAAGAUCAGUCUCCUAAGACUGAUGAAGAGAUAGAAAAGAUGAAGACGGUCUCUUAUGCAUCAGCUAUGGGGAGCCUCAUGUAUGAUAUGUUAUGCACUAGGCCUGAUAUCUGCUUUGCCGUUGGCGUU